GAGGUCAGCGCGGCGAGAAGAAGAAAAACGCCACUGCUGCAAAUCCCGAAAGACCAGUUCCCUUUCCCGGUGCCGUAUAAAACGCAAGCCGGUUUCUACGGGCGUCUCUCUCAUUUGCAGGGGUUGCCUCGCAGAACGAGAGCGGUGCUGUCCGCCAAAGGGACAGCGGACUUCGAAGCGAACACUCGCUCCUCGCUCCACGAGCGCGUCGUCGUCCAAACCGGCCGGACUGUCGGACAACAUCUUCGUCGCCUCACGCGCAACAGCGGGCACCUCCGUUUCAAAGACAAAACAGUGGGCUGGAGCAAUGUUUGCAGACGACCGCUUGUUGUGACUGCCGAAUUUUUUUUCUUUUUUCCCCUUUUUCUUUGUGUGGAGUGAUUCGUGAUCGAGUGAGUGACAAGCCUCGGUGAAGUGAAACUUUCAUUUGAAGGAGUCGUCGUCGUGAAACGGCCUCAAACGCAACAGCCGGGAAGAGAAACUCGCUCAAUCUGCAGCAGCCAAAUCGCAGUCGACAUCAUCCUAACGGAUUGGUUCAGUUUCGGUUUGUGAACGUCCCCUCCCUGGCGGCCCCCUGCUGGAUAAUGUCGUUCAGGUGGACGAUCAUUGCGGCCCUCCUGGCGGCAGCAACGGCCCAGACAACGUCCUUUGAUGGCCGCCAAGUCCGUCAGACGCAAGCCCCGGCCAAUGAUCCGAACAACUUCAGCGUGUUCGUUAGGGCACUGCCUCCGCACGCCAACGUACCGGGUGGCUCGCAGCAGCAACAACAGCAGCAACCACCCAACAGCCCCAUCCGCUUCGCUGCCGACUUUGGUCAGGCUGCUCAGCCUCAGUACACUGUAAGAACGCAACAGCAGUUCCAGCAACCCCAGCAGCAACAGCAGCAGCCACAGUUUCAGCAGUUCAACCAGCAGCAACUACAGGCUCAACUACAGCCACAGCGUCAACAGCAGCAGCAACAACAACUGCAACAGCAACAAUUGCAACAGCAACAGUUGCAGCAGCAACUGCGUCACUUCCCACAGCACCCUCCACAGCAACAGCAACAGCAACAACAGCAGCCGCAGCAGCAGCAAGUAUUCAACGGUCAGCAACAGCAGUUCAGCUUCGCGGACACCGGAAGGCAGGGCAACGUUGGCUUUACGUUUCCGCAGCAGGCGCCGACUUCAGCCACAACGCCCCAACCGCUCGCUCAGUCGUUCCCGAGGCCACAACAGUCCUUCUCAGUGUCUUCGUCCUCGUCGUCUGAAGACGCCCUGAGGCAGGGCAAGAUCGUCGGUUCCAUCCAGCCUCCGGCGCAGGUCAUCCAGAAGUCGCCUGCAUCUGAGAUUCAGCAGAGCAAGCAGCCAGAGGCGAAGGACAAGGCCGCCAAGGAUAAGGCAAAGGACGAGUACGUCGUCUACUACUAUUAUUAUUACGAUGACGACAACAAAAAGAACCUGUCGUCGCUCAACUUUGACGACGUCCCUAACCUGGAGGGCUUCGACAAGGGCGAGGGAGGGAAGCUGAAAGGGAAGGUGGUUGCGUCUCCCAACCCACAGCAUAGGUUCGAGCCCAAAACGGUGACAGCGAUUCCACCAGCAGGCCAACAGCAAGCACCCCCCGCGUUCCCUCUGGAGCAGGCCGUUACGUCCGCACCGCAGACAGUAACCCAGGUGUCUGUGUCUGUCUCGGUGUCCGAGGGCACACAUCCUUUGCUGCCGAGCCAACCGUUUGAAGCCAAGCGUCCGCCCGUCGUGGGUCCUCCUAACCUGGACUUCACGGGAGCCGUACUCGUUCCUGAAGGUGGCGUCGGUGUUCCUUCAGAAAGCCGAAGUGGUUCCACUCUUCAGACACCAGGCGUGUCAACGGUAGCAAGCGCUGAAACUCAAGGAGCCAACGAAAUUAUCGGCAAGAAGGCGCCAGACACGUCGGUAGUCGAGACGACGACAACAACGACGACCACGACCACAGAACCGCCGACGACUCUGCCGCCGACCACAACCACCACAGAAGAGCCCACAACUACCGAGAAGUCUCGGAGACACUUCGGAAACAGGAGGCGCUUCGGUGGACCUCACGGCAGGGCUCACCCACCAGGCAGAAAAGCGCACACGACUUCGACGACUACAACAACGGCGACGCCGUCAACCCGACGCACGAUCGGUGGCCUCAGGAGGAACAGACCGUCACCGCGACCCGCAGCCGGAGGUCGUCUGCAGUUCGGACGCCGUCCUUCCCCCAUUCAUUCCCGGAACCACAAGGAGGAAGAACCAGAAGAGGAAGAGUCCGCCGCGGAGCACGAGCCGACGACGAUCGCUCCGGCGACCACGACCGCUGGCGGAAAGAAGCGCUUCGGAGGACCAAGCCGUUUUGGAGGAGCAAAGGCCAACGGCAGGACCAGGGGUUCCGGAAGCACGCCAAGUCCCGCUUCUUCUACGACGGCCGGUCAUCGACGACCGGGUGGUCCACGUCCAGGCGGAGGUCUUUUUAACAGGAGCAACCGGGGCCCACGGCCACGCACGCCUUUCAGCCGUCACCGACCAGGAGCCAAGAAGGUCGAAGAGGAGCACAAGGCGGAAGAGACCGAGGAGUCACCGGUGACCACGCCAGAGACCAAGGAAGAAGCAUCGGCAUCCGCGUCCACCGAAGCCGCGUCCAAGCACGAAGAGACCGCGGCGUCGGAGUCCGAGCCAGCGUCCGAGGAGGUCCACGCCACGGAGGCUCCGGCCGUGACUCCGGAGAGCAAGCCUGGCCGAAGACCCUUCGGUUCGAGACCUCGCCCAGCGCUGUUCGGGGGCCGGCCCCGGCCCCACCUGGGACGAUGAGUGACUUCCGGCAAGCCAGGACUCAUGUGUGGGACGUUUCUCUGCGCGCGCAGCCAUGCAGGUCAAAUGUCGGGACUGGCGACCGCUUCCCCCGCCGCGCGGGCCGCCGUCUCGGAUGCGACUCCCUCUUCCAACGUUACGUUUAUUUUUGUUUUAUUGUUGUUGUAAUUAAUGUUAUCUCGACGAGGCUGCGUUAGCGGUACCGUGCCCAAAGCUCCGUUGACGGUGAGCACCCGCGUCGUUUUUACAUCUUCUCACCGACCGAUGGAAUUAAAGGAAAAAGGGAAGCAAGCUGACGCUGAUCAUGUCGAAAUGGUUGCUGGUUUCUCUCCCUGCACACCGGGGAUCUUGUAAAUUUGUUCGCAGUGAUGUCGGGAAUCAGUCAGUACCAAGAGGAACUGACUGCUGGUGGUGGACGCGUGUGAACUCUAACACCGCUCUGUUCCCAGCUAGAGUCCUGGUUCCUAAAAAUGAAACUAGCUGCGAUACGUCGCUGAUUUCUGGGUAUGGGCAGUGGCCGAGGGCUUCGUCCUGUCGAGCUAACGGUCGAUCAAUUCCGCUUGCAGACGUCAGAAAAAGAUGACUCCGGCGAUUUGGUCACAACUCAGAGUAGUCGCCUAUUCCCAUAAGCUCUGGCAUUAGUUGACGAACAAAAGCGUGGCUUCAGGGUUGCGGAAUCAGCCAUGUUUUGACAACAUCCGAGGGUGAAGCUUUGGGAAUGUUUGUAGAGUGAGGCCUCGGCCACAAAUACGCAGACGAAAACGUUGCAGACACGCACAUUGGCUUAUUAACUAUAACAGAUGCAUUUGUUUUAAAACGACAUACAUGGAAUUCAUAAGCUGUUGCAAAAAGGCGUCAAAAUGUAUUGAUUGGUAUUUAGAACAUUACCGAAACCCGAGUGCUCCAAUGCAGAACUUGUUCAUAGCUUUUGAGCAUAACGCAAGAUUCUGAUGCAUAGUAAGAUUGUUAAUUAAGAAACAUUUGAAAAGGAUGGGCUACAGAAAAUCAUGUAAAUAUUUUACUUCUAUAAGGGCAAGGUGCACUGAUAAAUGUUCUUGAAUGUGCCUUCUUUUGCCCCUAUUAACUCCAGGUGGGCCAAACACCACACGUCACAUCAUGGCAUGCAGUGAUAACAGAACUCCUUUCAAAGCUUCGUGAGACAUUAAAAAGUCAUUUCCUAGGAUUACAACUUUCUGACAAAGAAAGCGGAAAUCGAUAUUGCUUGUCGCCAACACGUGAACUUGCCGCAAAGCUGAUAGUAGAUUCAAAUAGGUGUAAACCAUUCGCCGAAGAGAGCUUGUAACACUCAAGCAGCACAGUAAGUGGUGCAUUACACCUUUCCUGGCUCAGCCGUUUUCAGAAGAUACUAGAUUCUAGACGUCGCAUGUACAUGUACAAAUGACUUUUCAAUUCUACAACCUGAUAGCGGCUCUAAGAUGGCGAGCUACUGAGUCGUGUACAUGACCAGUGAAUAUUUACUUAGAUCCUGAAAAGGACAGAGCGCGUAGCUCUGAGGAGAUGUACUGUUUUGUACAAAACAGUGUUUCUCCGACAGAGAAACACGCUAAUGCUUCGUUGUUUCUAGGGACAGUGUUUCGGUUCAGCAGUCAGCAAAACGCAAACUGCUGAACGACAGAGAACUCGAUUCUGGGCAUAUGAUGAAAGGAGCAUGUUCCAUCGAAGAAAGAAUUCCGGAACUAAUUAAACGUGGUGAACCCGGGCACCUUCUACUAUAGUUAUGACUAGAGUGCGCCUGCCGAGAUUUUGUGUGUCUGUACGAAUGCCCUUGUUGAUUUUUGCUCUUUCGGAGAAACCCUAUAAAGUGUGCAAUUUCGGA